ACUUCAAAUCAAAGACGCAGCCAUGAAAGAUCCCAGUCGCAGCAGUACUAGCCCGAGCAUCAUCAGUGAAGAUGUGAUUAUAAAUGGUCAUUCUCAUGAAGAUGACAAUCCCUUUGCGGAGUACAUGUGGAUGGAAAACGAAGAGGAAUUUAACAGGCAGAUUGAAGAGGAGUUGUGGGAAGAAGAAUUUAUUGAGCGCUGUUUCCAAGAGAUGCUGGAAGAAGAGGAGGAACACGAAUGGUUUAUUCCAGCCCGUGAUCUCCCACAAACAAUGGAUCAAAUCCAGGACCAGUUCAAUGACCUUGUUAUCAGUGACAGCUCAUCACUGGAGGAUCUGGUGGUCAAGAGUAAUCUGAAUCCAAACGCAAAGGAGUUUGUUCCUGGGGUGAAGUACUUAAAUAUUUGAGUAGACUGGGCCCUCUUUUGGUGGAUGUAGCACAAUUUCCACACUGUGAAGCCAGUAUUAGAAGAUUUAAUUGUAAAAGCUCUCUCUUCUUGUCACUGUGUUACACUUAUGCAUUGCCAAAGUUUUGUUAGUCUUGCAUGCUCAAUAAAAAGUGCUGAGACUGUUACUAAGUAAAUCUGUCAAAAGUUUAAUGGAAACAAUAUUGGGCCCUGGCUCUCUGCAAAGGAGACAGUGAGGUAGGAAGCACCAGUCAAGUUGAGACAAAGUACCACAUUUACAAACCUUCUGCAGACUCUGUCUUUUUAAGUAGGACUUGGAAUUUGCUUUGGAUGGUCUGUUUUUAACUAAAGAUGUGUUAACUGGUGCUAGUUUGCACCUGAUAAUGCCUUAACUUUAAAAUGAAAGCAAGGUUAUCUGAUUGUUACGCAGAUUAGCUAACUUUCCUUUGAAUUAUCAGUAUUGUUACUAAUGUUACAUUUUCCCCUUUAAAAAAAAAAAGAAAAUUCAUGCUUCUUUUGAGCAGCCUGAGCUGUAACAGAA